UGGAGCAGCACCGCGGUGCGCCUGUCGCAACUCAACAAUCUUCCACAUUGUAGCCAUAACUAUGAUUACAAAUUCCUCAAUGCAUUUCCAUUCCUGGAUCUACCAUUCUCUUCGAUCAUAUUUAGAUUUUAGUUUUUAAUUUGUAAGUUUUAUUUAUGUUUAGUUUUAUGUGUGUAAUUUUGCAAGGAUUGCCGAGGUGCCACCCGGAGUGAGUUGGGCAAUAUGCGCCGCUGGGAUAUGAUUUUCAAUCGAAAGGCUUAUGGAAUAUAGCCUGGUUUGUCACAGCCUGUAUGCCCUCUGGUCUAGCCCCGUGAAGAAGAAACUAAUACUGCUCAGCAUCAUGUUUUUAAUCUGGGUAUACAUGCUGUACUCCUGCGUGGGCUACUGCUCCACCAUGCCAAAUUUGGUGGUGGACAGUUACCGGGGUAAGGAGACUGUUUCGGCGGUGGGUAAGAGGACAGAGAGCAGCAGGACAGACCUAGUGUCCAGACUGCUGGCCAAGUCGCAGCCGUGGGAGGAUAUAGAGAGCGACUACGAGGAGCCGUCCAUCAGGACCGCUGCGUCCAGAGACCUGCUCGAUAACGAGCUGGAGACGGACAGAACCGACGACUGGGACGAGAUGCGGGGCGAGCAGCAGAGAGCCCCGGAGCCCAGCGCCAUGUCCAGCUUCUCCAACGGCUCCGGGAGCAAGAAGCUGCCGCAGGCGAUCAUCAUCGGGGUGAAGAAAGGAGGGACCCGGGCUCUGCUGGAGUUUCUCCGGGUUCAUCCUGACAUCAGAGCCGUGGGAGCGGAGCCGCACUUCUUCGACCGCAACUAUGACAACGGGCUGGAGUGGUACAGGGAGCUGAUGCCCAAGACCCUAGAGGGCCAGAUCACUAUGGAGAAAACCCCCAGCUACUUUGUGACCAGAGAGGCUCCUGCCAGGAUAUCCGCCAUGUCCCGGGACACCAAGCUAAUCGUGGUGGUGAGGGACCCCGUCACCAGGGCUAUCUCGGACUACACACAGACUCUGUCCAAGAAGCCUGACAUUCCCUCUUUCGAGAGCCUCACCUUCAAAAACAGGACUACGGGGCUCAUCGACACCUCAUGGAGCGCCAUCCAGAUCGGCAUCUACGCCAAGCACCUGGACAACUGGCUGCAGUACUUCCCCAUGGAGCAGAUCCUGUUUGUGAGCGGCGAGCGUCUGAUCAGCGACCCGGCCGGAGAGCUGGGCCGCGUGCAGGACUUCCUGGGGCUCAAGAGGAUCAUCACAGACAAACACUUUUACUUCAACCAGACCAAGGGUUUCCCGUGCCUCAAGAAGGCAGAGGGCAGCAGCAAGCCCCACUGCCUGGGCAAAACCAAAGGGCGGACCCAUCCCAACAUUGACCCUGAGGUGGUGCAGAGGCUACGGGACUUCUACAGGCCCUUCAACAUGAAGUUCUACCAGAUGACGGGACAUAACUUUGGUUGGGAUUGAUGUGAAAAUCAUGAAAGACAUUUUAUUUUGGACAAGUUUUUUUUCCCCCUCUGUAAUUCAAUGGCAAGAUGUGGAGAUAUUGCUAUAUAUAUGUAAAAUGUACAGAAAUCUAUUUUAUAAUAAUUUAUUUUUAUUUCUAAGCAAUUAAUUCACUAAGCUGCCUAACCAUAUUUGUACAUAACAUCUGGCCCACAUGUUGUUUUUAACAUUCCUCAUUUUAAUUUUGAAUUCUCCUGCUUCUCCCUUGUGGUCCUGUUAACUCAGCGGAUUUAUCGAUGCUUCGUGAUGCAGAUAAUCAGCGAUGACUGAAGUAGAAAUUAGGGUGGAAAAUGUAAAAGCACCAUAUUACGGGUACAGAGCGCUCACAGAGAAGUGGAGAACACCUAUUCAUGUGCAGCCUCAUUUAUACAUGCAUCAUAACUUUACCCUCAUCCUUUCAGACCCCGUCAUUCUGAGUUAAUUCUUCUGUUUCACUGCAACACAGACCUUCCAGUUAAGUUUUCUACUUUCCAAAUUUUCCUGCAUCGGCCUAAGCUGCAGAUCUUAUGUCCCUUUCCACUCAAUAACAGUUAGAUCAAUAGGCCUAAUUGAUCCUCAUUGUGUCACUCAUGCUUAAAGCAUACAGCUGCCCUUUCAUUCUCAGUGCUCCUGCUGCCUGCUCUAAUGAAUGACCCAUCCAUCAAACGUUAAAUCCUAUCCCGGACCACAUAAGGGCCCAUGUUAACAUUAUGCUAAUCGGGUAAAGGUAACUGGCAGAUCGAUCGAGCCUCCGCUUUCCAACUCCCCAUUAGAAGCAGUGUUGGCUGAGAGCCAGGCUCUUGCCCUAUCCACUCAGUUCAAAGGUCAUGCAAAGUCUCAAUCAAAUUUCCUUGAGAGGCAUUUGAUUUGUUGAGGAGAGCGGAGCCGGAGCACCAAGGGUCAGGGGGAGUGUGUGCCUUGUUUUCACUGUAAGAUGAAUACAAAUCUUUGCGUGAGGUUGCAGAGGCAUAUCUGUCAGGAAUCCAGCAUAAAGAUAGAACAGAUGACAGGCAAAUAACAACUCGGCUUUGCCUCACUGAAAUAGCGCUUCUUCAAAAAGAAGUCCACCAGGCCCCAUCUGAGAUUGCAGACUAAAGAGAUCAAAGGAAGAGGAAAGGUUUUUGUGGAGCACUCUCAGCACAGCAAGAAUUGCCUCAGGCGGGGGGGUUCAGUAUCUAACCUGUCGUCAUAAAACCUCAUGUGCCAUCGUCCAUGGCCUAUAUACUUUAUGCCUUAUUCACUCUCAUCAUCCUCACACGUCUCACAAUCUCAACUCUCUACUUGUUGCCAAAAAAAAUAACCCCUUUGGGUUGAUAUCACAUUUCACACAGCUUGAGUUGCUAUCUCUGCUUUUUCCCUGCAUCGCUUCUCUGUUUUUGUCUUUCUACUUGAAUUUUUGAUAUGCAAGAGGGAGAAAAUACGUGGUUAUCAUUCUUUGAUGUGCUGCCCCACCUCUUUGCAGCGGAUGGUACAUGCUAUUAUAAGGGCAUAGGGAGGAGGCCGUGCUCUGCUACGUUAUGCUGUGCUACGCUAUGCAUGCUCAUUAUGAAAAUGCUGGGAUAAUGGGAAGGGAUCCAGAGGAGGGCUUCAUGUGUUUAAACAGGGCCCAGACUGAAUGUACACAACCUGUCCUCACACUAUAAAACCCUGAAAUAAAUUUUAAAGGUCAGAUUGUCACUCAGUUUUAGUGAAAAGUUACAUUUGAUUAUCCCUUUUUCUUUUUGAAGUUAAGCAAAUGUUGUGCCUCUUUAACUUUCCAAUCCAACAUAGUUAGCCUGCUCCUGUCAUUAAGACAGGGAAUGGUCAAGCCUCAAACCAAUGGUUGGUAGCAGGAGACAUUGAGUCUUGUAGUCCUUUACUUUCACUCUGCCUGAGCGAUGCUUCUCCUAGUGAGAAUUCCUGUGUAGAAAGCAAGCCCCCCCCCUUCUCUCCUUAGUGCAAUUUUGAAUAUAAAAAAGCAUUUAUGAUGACCUCUCUCAGCAAGCUGUCACAUUCUGAAAGGAAAGUCUGAUAUUUUCCCUGUAAUUGAUGGAGAACUGCAUUUGAAUUCCGGUCAGGUUCAUGUAACUGAGGGAAUAUCUGAAACAAAAAAACAACAACAACAAAUUGCACUCAUGGAUUUACUCCAUGUUGCUGCAUCGGUUAUGGUUGAGUUUUAUUCAACCUGUUUUGAAAUCUAAAAAUGUUAAAAAAUGUUUGUCUUACCCACAUAUAAUAUGUAUUUAGUCUAGCAGAUCUGUAUGUACAAAAAUGAAAAAGACAUGUAAAUCAAGUAUUUUUUGUGGUAUGUACAUCAAAGGAAUUAAUUUUACACAAUGCAAAAGCAAAAUGGAACAGAUGUUUCUAGAUGAUUAAAUACUGAACAUUCAAAAUAUUUCUUUGUAUGAAGAAAUAAAUAAAAAAGUAUAUAUUUUACCAAA